AUGGCGAGAAAACGACAGAGAAAUUCGCGAUCGAGCUCUACAAAAAAACCGAAAUUGGAAGCAGAGGUCACCGUGAUUCUCAGCAGCGAGGAUGAGCAAAACCGUGUUCCUGUUGAUGAAGAGUGCAUGAUCGUCGGCGAUGACAUUCCAGACGAGUGCAUGAUCAUCGAAGACAAAUGCAUCCCUCCAGAUCCUGAAAUCCAAGACGCAUUGAAAUUUCACCAGGACAAGAAGGAGAAACGCACGCCGAAAAAUGAGCAAAAACAGGCUCCGAAAAAAGAGAAAAAACGAACUCCCAAAGUCAAAAAGGAGCAAAAACGAGUAGAUAGCGAUUCCGAUUCAGACAGCGACUGGGAUCCAGAAAAACCCUCGACAAGCAAGCCAUGCCAACCAAAUCAGACGAGAUUAAAAUCGAGGCGUUCUUCUUCUGCUGCAACGAUGAAGAAGGUCAAUGCCAUUUUUGAUGAUUCCAGCGAUGAAGAUGAGGAACCACCAAUUCCUAAAGCUGCAAAGCCUGCAUCGAUCAAGCCAGUGAAAAAUCGUGUACCGAUUGAGUCUUCUGACGAUUGUUCUGACAUCGAAAACUUGACACUGAAUGAGAACGACAAAGUUUCUCCAUCAGAGCCUGCAAAAAUCCCAGAAACACCAGUGAGAAAGCCUGAAUCACCGAAUCUGCCUGAAACAGAAACAUUCCCCGAAACAACGCUGGAAGCAAACAGCGAUUCCGAUGCAGAUGAUAUCAAGCCAGAGGCUGCAAAAAGGCUCGACACUCCGCGUCCUGAAAUUGAAACGGAACCAAGCGACUCCGAAAGUGAAGAUUAUAUCAACCCAAAAACACUGCCAAGCGACGUUUCAAAUAAGAAUAACAGUUCUUCGCCAGAGAAAAUGCCGGUUCUGCAAGAGAAAAACUCGAGAAACUCACCUAAAGAGGACGACAAAAAAGAGCUCAAAAUAAAAAUAAAGAAUGAGAAAAAGAUCAAAGAUGAGAAAAAGAUCAAGGAUGAGAAUCGAAUAAAAAAAGAGGGCGAAAAGCGAAGAGUAAAGGAAGAAAAAGAAAACGCACGAAAAAAAGAAGAAAAGAAAAGGGCGAAAGAAGCGAGAGCGCGCGCUCUUCUCGACUCCUCUGAUGAGGAGGAUGCAGACUCUGCAGAGCUUAUUGAGACGCCUUUGAUUGACACUCCACCAGAAGCGAGAGUUCAAAUGUCAAAUACUGAUAGAGAAGGUGAGGACAAAGAGGAUUCGCCAGCAGCUGUACCGGCGGAGAGCCAUGUUCAAGAGGAAAUGCCAGUUCCAAGCAGAAAACGAAAUUUCAUGCCGGCGUAUCGACCAUCAAGCUCCGAGGAAGACGAAAGCACUUCUACGGAUGAAGAAAUUAAAAAAGUUGUAAAAGAAAAAGUAAAGGACGAAAAAGAAGAAGCAGACUACCUCAAUAAGCUAAUUUCGGGAGCUAAAGGCCGUCGAAAAACCGCGAAAUUGGAGACAUCACCGACUUCUGUCAAGCAAGAGAAGAAAUCACCUGUGAAAAGCGAAAAGCCGAAUCUGGAUUUGCAAUCUUCCGAUGAAGAAUCUUUCUUCAAUAAUUCCUCUAGCAUCCCCAAUCAAGAAGAGCAGAACAAUGAUCAACCCAGUCAAGAACCGCCAGAGUCAACAAAUAGCGAUUUGGGGACCAUCAAGGAUCUGCGAAAGAGUCUUCGAGAAAAGUCGCCAGGAAAAUCACAAUCGCCACCAAAGUCGCCUGGAAAUUCAAGCCUCAAUGUUUCGCUCAAUGACUCAGUUAUGGAGCAGAUCUUCAACGAGGCGAGCAAGAAAAAGACACGUGGCAAAAAUCGCUCUGGUGCUUCAUCUCCUGGAUCAGCUAAAAGCGGUCCCUCAGUUUCCAGGCAAUCGUCCAACGAUUCCAUCGCCAAUGAGGAUGGCGAAGGCUCUUCUAGUCGUCCAAAAACAAGAGCUAGGCGGGGAAGAAAGAAGAAAGAUCCUGCGCCAGAGGUUUCAAAGGAUAGGAAGUCCAUCAUGGCUCAACUGAAGAAACUCACUGCCGCCAAGAAGAAAAAGGCUACACCUAAAAGAAAGGGCAGGGGCAAAGCAGCAGCGAAAAAGCAACAGCCGGUUGGGAAGGACCAAAUCAGCGUAUUCAUGCCUAUGUUCGAAGAAUGGGUCAAUAUUGAUGUCACGAAAGAGACCUCUGCUAAGGCGAUAAUGCAAUUCGUCGAAAUGUCGAACCCGGAUUUCAAAGGAAAAGAACUCCGAAUGUAUUUCUUCUCCACCGACGCCACUGAUUAUUUCGAAGAAAAACAAGUGGACAGAAUUUGGCCGGAACACCAAAUGUCCUACAUUGACUUCCAAAUAACUUCGAAUAACAGGCAGGUCAAGAUUCUAGUUUUCGACAAGAAGAAUAGCGCGCAAACAAACGUCAUUAAAGAAGUCCCUGUCGUCGAGAAACUCACCAAGCCAACGAAAAAGCCAAGAGUGGUGGAAUCCUUCCAUAUUGUGUUCCAAAAAGGCGAAGGUCGAGACGAUGUAUUCAAAGCAUAUGGCGAUGAAAACAUGACGAUUGCUGAGCUCUUCGAGAAGACAAAAUGGCCAAAAGAAGGCGUCAAUUUCGAGUUUGAUGGCGAAGAUUGCACCAGCGAUGAUGUCGUAAAAGAGCUGGAUAUGGAAUCUGGAGACAUUAUAGAGAUUAGCUAUCCUCAGGUUCAAGAAGAGGAUGAGCCAGAAGCUGAAGAAGAAGCUGAUGAAGAAGCCGAGGAAGAAGCCGAGGAAGAAGCCGCUGAUGCUGCUGAGGAAGAGGGAAAGCCCGCUCGAGCAAACAGCACAUGCUCAGCUUCAUAA